CCGAAUUUUCAAAUACAAAAGAGAGAAAGAACGCCGCCGUCUCUCGCCCCAACUCCGCCGUCCAAUCCAAAACCACCGAUCGAUCUCCGGUCAUCCGAUGCUAAUCCGAAGGAUUUGCUCCGCCGUAACGAAACCCUGCGCGAAUCCUCUUUCCCCUCUCUCAAUUCCCCGAAACCCUCUCCCAAUUCCACAUUCUCGACAUUUCAAUUCCAAAACACUGAAAUUAGGGUUUCGAAAAUCCCCAUCCGCUAAUCCACGCACCGUCGCUUCGCAAUUCUCCACGAAAUCGGCAAUGAACGGCUCUCAGCGCCCACCAAUUCCCCAUCCCGAUUACGUGGGCCGGGCCGAGGUGUUUCGGGCCCUGGAGGCCGCUCUCGGCUCCACUUUCAGCUCGCAACCCAUAGCCCCAAACCCCAACCCUCUGAUAAUCGUCAUCAGCGGUCCGAGCGGCGUUGGAAAAGACGCAGUGAUCAAAAGAUUGAGGGAGGUUAGGGACGAUCUGCAUUUCGUGGUAACCGCGACGAGCCGCGAAAAGAGGUCCGGCGAGAUCGACGGCGAGGAUUACUUCUUCGUGAGCAAAGAUGAGUUCGUAGCAAUGGUGGAGAAAGACGAGCUGUUGGAGUACGCAAUGGUGUACGGAGAUUACAAGGGAAUUCCUAAACAGCAGAUUCGUGAUUAUAUGUCGAAAGGCUUCGAUAUCGUGCUUAGAGUCGAUAUUCAGGGGGCGGCGACGCUGCGGCGGAUACUGAAGAACAAUGCAGUGUUUGUGUUUCUGGUGGCGGAGAGUGAGGAGGCUUUGGUUCGGAGAUUGAUCGAUCGGAGGACGGAGUCGGGCGAGGCUUUGAUGAUGAGAGUGGCAUCGGCGAGGGAGGAAUUGAAGCAUUUGAGGAAGUUUGAUUACGUCGUGGUUAAUCGGGAUGGCGAGCUGGAGGGUGCCGUGAGUGUUUUAGAGUCGAUUAUUGAUGCGGAGAAGGCGAAGGUGGAGCAAAGGAAUGCAGUCGUGUAGGCGGCAUUUUGGAUGGAAAGUUCGAGUUAUUGUUGUAUAGUUGAUGAAGGUGAUUGAGUUUGGAGGUUAUAUUUGAGACGGAUGGUGUUGGUUUGUGGUAGUUUAUUGGUGUUUUUGUCGAGAGAAUUGAUAGAAUUCUUGUUGAGCGUGUUUUUGGUGAAAUGGAAUUUUGGGUUCCACUCGAUGAGUUUUUUCGAUUUUAAUCUUGUUUGUUGGUUAAAGUUCAAUUUUUGCUUCGUAUGGUAUUGGUUUGUGAUAUUUUCUCGAUAUUUUUUUCGAGAGAAUUGAUAGAA